AUGGGGGUGAGGAGGUUAGUGCGGGUGAUGGGGGUGAGGAGGUUAGUGCGGGUGAUGGGGGUGAGGAGGUUAGUGCGGGUGAUGGGGGUGAGGAGGUUAGUGCGGGUGAUGGGGGUGAGGAGGUUAGUGCGGGUGAUGGGGGUGAGGAGGUUAGUGCGGGUGAUGGGGGUGAGGAGGUUAGUGCGGGUGAUGGGGGUGAGGAGGUUAGUGUGGGUGAUGGGGGUGAGGAGGUUAGUGCGGGUGAUGGGUGCGGGUGAUGGGGGUGAGGAGGUUAGUGCGGGUGAUGGGGGUGAGGAGGUUAGUGCGGGUGAUGGGGGUGAGGAGGUUAGUGCGGGUGAUGGGGGUGAGGAGGUUAGUGCGGGUGAUGGGGGUGAGGAGGUUAGUGCGGGUGAUGGGGGUGAGGAGGUUAGUGCGGGUGAUGGGGGUGAGGAGGUUAGUGCGGGUGAUGGGGUGAGGAGGUUAGUGCGGGUGAUGGGGGGUGAGGAGGUUAGUGCGGGUGAUGGGGGUGAGGAGGUUAGUGAGGUGGGGUUAGUGCGGGUGAUGGGGGUGAGGAGGUUAGUGCGGGUGAUGGGGGUGAGGAGGUUAGUGCGGGUGAUGGGGGUGAGGAGGUUAGUGCGGGUGAUGGGGGUGAGGAGGUUAGUGCGGGUGAUGGGGUGA